UGCGUUUGUCGGCGAUUGGUUCACGUUCACCGCCGUCAAAAUUCGGGUGUAGGAACGAGCUGAGAAAUCCCGGAAAGCGAACCAAGAUGGCAAGAUCGUCAUUCGUCCGAGAUCUCACGCGAGCCGCAGAGUUUUGGAGAGGGAGAUGAUCGAGAGGUAUGUUUAUGUAGCAUAUGCAUUAUAGUUAACGAUCGUAUUCGCUAAAUUUAUGUGCGAGCAUGGUAUAAUGAUUAAACAUGAAUGCAUUUUGUUAACUAUAGGACACAGUUACUGUGUAUUAUAAGUCUAAACAACAGAUCUAAAACGCAAAUAUUUUCGCAUAGUUGCAUUUUUCAAGUAUAAAUAAAGGGUCCGAUUAUGAGUUGAGUAUCAGUCGAUCGAGUCCUCUCAUCGAGUUAACUUUUGCAAAGUAUCAAGAAUAUAAAUUCACCAUGUCGGCUCUGAAAACUGUCUUUCUUCUUUUGGUCUGCGUUACUAUCGCGUUGGGUUUUCAUAUUGACUCCAGAGCUAAACGGGCUACAACCAACUCGACGAAUACUUCAAGUGAUUCUGUUAGCACGACGAGUUCGGACAGCAUCUCUUCACCUUUGUACGCCGGUAACGCUGCCAGUGCAAUGCAAAACGCAGCUAGCACUAUCGGCAGCGGUGCUAAGGGCGUCGCAUCAAGGGUACAAAAUGCCUUCAACUCAACCUAUCAGGAGGAGAAGGACUCUGUCUCGGACAGCUGGAACAACGUCAAGGAGUUGAUUCAUCAGAACGUCGAGACCGGUGCCAAUCUUACCAAGACGGCCUUCGAUCUCGGCACCAUCUUUCCAAACUUUGGCAAGAACUUGAUUAUUGGCAACUAGGAGUUUACCAUACGCCAUCGGAGUUAACAGCAAUAUGUGGAUUUGUUCUAUAAAGCGAUAAAAUAACUUUAGUAUGUCGACAUGAAAAAAAAAAUGUUUUUGCACACUAAUAAAUAUUGUAAAUUUUUAUAAUUCAACUGAACUGUGUUGUUCAUUGUUUUUCAAAACUUAUAAUUGAUCCGAAGAGAACCCCCAUCCAGAAUAAAAUAAAAACAUAACGUUUAGCCAAAUAGUAACAAUAAUUGAGGAAAGAAUGCUUGGAAACUUGAAUGUGACGUAAAGAUUAAAACUUUUUACGGGAAACUCAUGUUUAAUAAAAUGACAAAUAAUAUCAUUACAUUGGUUAACAACCUGUCUAAUUCCGUUGCAUUAUAUUUUUCGCCCAUUUUAAGUAUUCUCAUGAUAGUUAGAGUUCGCUGGAAGACAAUAAACUUAAGAAAAUGAUAAAUACUUUGAUUGACAUCGAUAAACGUAUGUACAAAUACUUUUGUCUCAAAGGUUUCACACUUAGUAUAUUAUCACUGUAUACAUUUCAUUUGAAUUAAUUCAACAAUAACUUUACUCAAACGUUUAUAAAAAAA